GUUGGGAAACAUUUGGGUGGGGAUGAUUGAAGUUUGUUAAUUAUGUCCGCCAUGUUGGGUGAAGUGUUUUGCUCCUGUCAAAUUAUUAAAAUUUUCUAAAAAUUAGUGCAUAAAAAUGGAAGAAACAAAAGUAAUAUACCACAUAGAUGACGAAGAAACCCCAUAUUUAGUGAAAAUACCAAUAUCGCCUGAUAAAGUUACUUUAGUGGAUUUUAAGAAUGUUCUUAACAGACCCAACUACAAAUUUUUCUUUAAAUCGAUGGACGAUGAUUUUGGUGUGGUGAAAGAGGAAAUAAUAGACGAUUCUGCCCAUUUGCCAUGUUUUAAUGGGAGAGUAGUGAGUUGGUUGGUGUCAGCUGAUGGUUCAAAUCAAUCCGACGGGGGUUCUCAAUGUACAGACAGUGUUACUCACCAGUCAGAAACUAGGUUACCACCGCCCGCUCCCGAAUCAGUCUGUACAGAUACAGAAAGUAUUAUAAGCUCAAGACAGGGUAGACGACAUCACAAAUACUCAUCUCGUAUAAACGGACAUCUUCCCAGAGUAUAUGAGACUGCAUCUAUAGUUAGCUCUGAUUUAGAAACGACCAGUUUUCAAUCAGAGACCACUGGAAGGCAUACAGCAUUGUCAGAAUGUUCGAGUGUGAGUCGACUGCAUGUCGCCGGCAGAAAAAGGCCGCAACGACGACGGAAACAAAGAUUGCAGGCAAUGUCGAGAACGAGUUCGUAUUCAAGCAUUACAGAUUCCACCAUGUCUUUAAAUAUAAUUACAGUUACUUUGAACAUGGAUACUGUGAACUUUUUAGGUAUUUCUAUUGUGGGACAGAGCAAUAAGGGUGGAGACGGAGGUAUAUAUGUCGGGUCGAUAAUGAAAGGGGGUGCGGUAGCGUUAGACGGCAGGAUAGAGCCGGGUGAUAUGAUAUUACAAGUGAACGAUGUUAAUUUUGAAAAUAUGUCAAAUGACGAGGCUGUUAAAGUAUUACGAGAAGUUGUACAAAAACCGGGACCCAUAAAAUUAGUAGUUGCCAAAUGUUGGGAUCCCAAUCCAAAGGGAUACUUUACGAUACCAAGAACAGAACCAGUUAGGCCCAUUGAUCCUGGUGCGUGGGUAGCACACACUGCGGCGGUGAGAGGGGACCCCGUGGCACGACCUCCCAGCAGUUCAACAGUAUCUAGCUCAUCUAUUGCGAGUACAAUACCGGCCAAUGAACGUGAGUGUCUUCUUGGUCCUGACAUGGACGAACCUAUAUCUGUCAACUCUCCAAUGUCCCAAGUGGUCCAGGCCAUGCAGAGGCCCGACAGCGGUUUGGAGAUUAGGGACCGAAUGUGGCUUAAAAUCACUAUCCCCAAUGCGUUUAUCGGCACCGACAUGAUAGAUUGGCUGCUGACCCACGUGGAGGGGUUCCAGGAGAGAAGAGACGCUAGGAAAUAUGCUUCGCAUUUGUUGAAAGCGGGGUUUAUCCGGCAUACUGUUAACAAGAUUACGUUUUCUGAGCAGUGCUACUACAUCUUCGGCGACCUCUGUUCGGCGAUGACGAACCUCAAAAUACAGGGCGAUACGGAUAGCGUGGGCCCGUUACCGAAUGUGCCCAACUACAUGCCAUAUAGUGGUACUUACAAUCCACUGGAGUACAUGCCAAUGCCAUUCUACAGUGAGAACACAGUAUACGGUUACAAUAAGGAGGAAUCCGCUUUAAGCGGAAGUGGUGGCUCAUCAGGAGGCUCAGAACGUCUCAAAGACAGCGUGGCCGGUCAAAGCAGCGCUUCAGACAGCGACAUAACCUCUUUGGGUCCUCGUUCUUCGGCCAUGCCUAAACCCAGCGGAAACGGCAACGGCAGUUCGAACGGCUCGGAGCAGAGUAGCGGUACACAAGUCGCCAAUACCCAGUCGAAAGAUAUUGCCGGUAGUAGACAAUCUUUUAAGAUCGCUAUGGGAAACCCAUGCGAAAUGUUUGUGGAUGUUAUGUAGAAUGUGAUUCAUUUUUCGUUUUUUUUUUUUUAAUUUUAUUUUAUUUUCAGUAACGCAGCUUUGUUUCUAAUAAUGAUAAACGAUCGCUUCGAUAGUGGGUUAAGAAGAAAAGACCUGGAUACUUUAAUGUUUUUGAAAAGAGAGAUCCAAGUGAUCAUAAUUUGGUUUCAACGUCUAAUAGAGUUGGGCGGUAUUUCACGUACUGUUUCUUAAUUACUGAUAUUUAAAAAUAUUGAUGUUGUGAUCCAGAGAGAGGAAAAGUAAGGGUUAAGUUAAACGAGAUAUCACAACAAAACGUGAUAUUUAUGUCAAUAUAACUAACCUUGUGAUCGCCGUUUCAUUACUUACUUAGCUUUCAAAAUGUAAAAUAAUAAUUACACUAGUGAUAAAAUAUAAAAGCAGAUAAAAUACUUUAAAGAAAAUUGGUUGCCUUAAAAUUUUUAAAUAUUUGCACACGUGGAAUAUUCAUCUUGGUCUUUUUUCUCGUAUCCCUAUCUAAUAGUUCUGAGGUAAUCAUUUAUCAUUAGGUGAAAUAAAACUUGU